UGUUGCAGUUGACAGAGUCGACGAGUCCAACCUCGUGGAACACAAAAUUCCAGGAAUUAGUACGUUGAACAAUUACGAGUUCCGUAACGGAAAGCUUUUCGCGUGGAGAGCGUAUGGCAUUGGCAGUGGCAAAGUAGUAAUGAAACAAUUGAGGAAAGAUUACAGUUACCAGUGGCUCGACGCGCAAUUCUCCCCAGGAGACUUUAGAACAAUGGCUGUGAGAACUGCUAAGACGACCAAGCCUACAACGACUGAAGAAAGCACUUCUGACCCACAACAAGAAGCAGCAAGCAACCUGUAUUCGUGUCCAGAGGAUGGCUGCGUWAAAGUCUUCCAAAGGUACUCUAAUCUUGAGCGUUACCUAUCCCUGGAAAAGUGCGAGAAAAUGGUUGAAAGGCAGUCUUUGUUAGAUUUAGCAAAGACAAAGUACGCAUUACGUUUAGAAGAGGGAGUUGGAGUCAUCCCAACGCUUACGSCUACCUUGUCUGAUAAGGAGGAUGCUAAUCACCCCGUACUUGAAGAGGGAUGGUCGCUGAAGAAAGCAACCAAAUCUUAUCGAUUUAACGAGAAGCAAAGGUCUUUUCUCCUUUCAAAGUUCAAAGUCGGUGUGUCUUCUGGACAUAAGGUCAGUGCAGAAGCGGUGUCAAAAGAAAUGAGGAAAUGUGUKGGAACAGACGGAAAGAGGAUGUUUAGAGUAUCAGAAUUCUUGACCGCACAGCAAAUUAAGGCGUUUUUCUCCAGACAAGCAGCRAAGCAAAAGAGUUCCUCAGAGGCUGAUAUUCUUGCUGCUCAAGAGGAGACCAACUUCAGCAACGCCCAACAAGUCAUACUGUCAUCUUUUCAAAUUGGGCAUCCCAUUGCGUACGAGCAGUACGACGUAUGCGCGAUGAUGAAGGACGAUUCUCUACAUAAAUUAAAGCUACCGGUUCUGAAAUUAAUUUGCAACAACUUUGACUUGCACCUCACUGAUCCAAAGGACAGCCGAAAGAAAGCGCCCUAUGUUGCCCUUUUGAAAGAAAUGGUAGCAACCUGCCAGUGUUCUACUUCAUAAACAUUGAAGAUUCUCCCUAACCCCAAACCUUCCGCCCCCUCCAACACCCCCACCGGUUUUCUUUGUUAUUACUGUUAGCCACGGUUGUUUUUCGCUAAAUUGAUCGUGAAUAUUAACUCUGUCACAAUAAUAUAGGAAUUCGAAGAUUAGCUAAACAAAUAACACAUCUACUAAUCGGGACGGAUAUUAAGGAACWGAUUACAAACAGCUAACAAACGGCUAAACAAAGGUCAGUAGCCGUACUGACUAAAUUUACAAUUAAUUUAAAAUUUGUUUGAAAAUAUUAGUAAUCGCAUUUGGCCUUUAUUAUUGAUAAAUGCAGUAUGUAUCAUGUUCAUAUAAUUUUGAAUUUCAAUUUCGUAAAUAAAGACAAUAUUGUUAGGUUGGUUGAAGACAGCAGCGGCAUUUAUCAAGUAACGGCUGUCACGUAUUAUUGCCGUUAAUAUCGAUUAAAAUCGUUCAUUUGUUUCAAAUUACAAAUAUGCAGAGUUAAA